CACAGGGUCCGUCAUUUUGCUUCACCCUAGUUACAAAACUGACAACGGGUAUCCUGAAUUUGGACUUGUCCAUAAAAUGGCAAUCAAAGACAGCGCAUACUUUGCUGUAAUUCCAUGCAAAACAGUUUGUUUUGACGAUCAUUUCUAUUCAUUUAGAGUUGAAAAAUUAUCACAUCUUGAAGGCCUUGCUAUUGUAGAAUUUGAAACCCUGCCUGAUUGCGAGCCACUAUGGAUACUCCAAAAUUUCAAACAAUGCGAUACAACAAAUUUUGUUUCACCGAGGCACUGGGUUUGAAUUUUGCUUUAGUUCAAUUAAAUUUAAAAACAAAGAAUUUCAAAAUUUUUCGUCUUCCUCUAUUUUGUUUUUUUAAACUGUCCCUGCACUAACUGUACUAACUGGAGCCAAAACUCUGUUUCUAGAUUUUCUAAUGAUGUUUUUUUUUAGGGGAAGAUAUUGAUGGAGAAUGCCUUCUUUCAUUGACUGAAAAACAAAUCGAUGGCUUAAGUUUGUCCCUCGGCCACAAAAUCAAAUUGCAAAAACUUGUGAAAAAUCUUGUCGCCGAAAAUGCUUCUGCCUCAAUGAGGAACAAUGAAAUCAUUCCUGAAUUAUGUGACAAUGGCACGGUAAUCGAACUUCAAGGAAUUGACGACGUAACUCACGUAAAUAAAAGCAUUACCGACGCACAUGCAGAUCCUAUCAGCAAGUCUGAUGAUACAUUUCCAGUUAUUUCAAUUUUGAAGGAGUCGUCAGAAGGUAGAAAAAUUGUUAAAUCAUUUAUGGAUCGCAACGAAGCGUAUUUAGAAGUAGAUGAACGGAAAACGUUGGUACGAAUACUUGUGAGCCAUAUGUGCAUGCUUUCUGGGAAAGAAGAUUUAUAUCCACCGAGCAGCCUCAAAGAAGAACUUGCAAAGGCAAUUGUUAAAGCUUUUCCAUGUUUGGCUGUCCCUUGUUCUGACGGUUCUAGCCUGACGAACUAUACUCACUAUUUUAAUCCAAAAUUAACUAACGGUUUCAUCGAUACUCGUCUGAAAACUAUGCGGUCGAAGUCCGAAGUGUCAAGGAAAAUUAAAAAGUCUGGAAACCAAAGACUGCUGCUGCCCGGCUAAAAGGACGAAGUCCAAUCGCAGGCCUGACAACGAGCUUAAUGGUGAUAGAGACCCCGCUUUCAAUGGAGAUGAAGAUAUAUUCAAGAUUGGAUGGAUGAAGACACAUUUACCUGAACAGGGUUCUAAUGAAAACACAAUUCAAGAGCAUAUGGCGUCUACAUAUAACUACAGACAACAUCAAAUCUCUGUAGGUCAAUGGACCACUACGCAGAUACUUGCGGAGUAUCCUCGCUUCCGUGAUUGCCAAAAUUUGAUUUUCCGUGAUUUCCUACUGGCAUUCCCGAAGGCGGGACACUUUGAGGAGACUUUUAUUUUGGCGCAAGGACCAUUGGUAAUAAAAUAUGCCUUGAGAUCAAAUGUUCCCGUUCCAGACACGGAAGAUGAAUGCCUUAAACUAUUGGUUCUAGUAAUGCGACUGAUUCCAUCUUUAAAGAAGAUUCGCGUUGUUAGCCAGGAUUCAAUCAUUGAACGAGUGGUUUAUUUCAUCAAGGCUAAUGAAGACAUUUUAUCAAUUAUCGAGAAAAAGCCCCAUCUCAAGGAGUAACCUUUUAUGUGUUGUGUAGGUUCGCUGAGAAACCCAAUCUGUUUUAGCAUUGUCUGUGAAGGGGAAUUCAUAUCAAGCGGUACCAGCUCAAUUAAGGCGUUCAAGAACCUCUUCGCGUCGUUUCAUAUGUUUCGUAUUAAAUACCCUACACUCCUAAGCACAUUUUAUUAUUUUUUUUAUUCUUACGUUUUCAAUGUCCACCCUGGUAGAAUUCGUCCUUCAGUCGCAGAUUUUUUUACACAGUUAAAUGCAUAGAAAGUGGGCAUACAGAAAUUGAAAUAGCCUACACUUGAUCUCAUUAUAUGAUAAUUUUUCUGAAAAAGCAUGUUUCCCUAUAUGUUAAAUGUUUUGACUUAUCUAGAUAUGUUUAUGUAACUAACGUUCAAAGCGCAUUUAUGUAAAUUCAAAACUAUAUGUUUAGUAUUCUAAAUACCAAGAAGUUUCUCUAUUUUACAUGGUUC